ACCCGGUACCUUGUAGCGGUCGACCCGGUGGGUGCGUGCGACCCGUUUUUCUCACAGAAUCAGAGUUAAAGUGGGUUGACCCGUAGGUCGACAACCUUGUUGAUAGUUAAUGACCUUGCAUCUUAGUUCGUGGAGGCCAGGUACGUGUACGACUGUAACGUUGAUUAGUGGCAAUUCAUGUACGUACCGGUUAGUUACUUAAUUAGGUUAUCACUAAGUAAAUCAGAUAGCUCUUUAAUUAGGUUAGUUAGGCAGUUAAUUAGGCCAUGUUGAUAGGGAAGUAUGUCAGAGUUGUGCACGUUUCCAAAAGGAGACAGCAGAAUCCCAGAGCUCUAGCAUCUGUGUAUAUAUAUGGAGCGAAGAUUGCCAAGUGAUCAGCUAGCUAGCGAGUAAACUUGUAAUCGGUCGAGAUGGAAAUAUUGGGUACGAAAGCUUGUUUGUUUCUCAUCUUCUUCUACUGCCUCUUGGCAACUCGCGCAUCAAUUUGCUCCGCCAUUGUUGCAAACUCGUGCUGAGAUGGAGAUGGAGCCUCCUCCUUUGCGUCGAAGCGGCUUCCCAAAUUGGGUUUCUGUUUGGAGCCGCGCGCGACUGCUGCUUACCAGGUAAACUCAUUAAUUACGUAUAGCUAUGAUCGAUGAUCAUCGGAAUUACAGUUGAUUCAAAUAAUUUGAGUAAUUCUUCGAAUAUAUAGAAGAAGAAUGGAUCUUCAUCAUUCUUUCUAAGAUGAAACUCAUUGAACUUGAAAAUUAUACAUGCGAAGCUAUCAUAUUUUUGUCCACGUAGCCUCUGUUAUAGCAAGUAUUCUAGGUCGUGCUGAUUACGUGAAAUUCAAUUUUCAAUACGUAACAAUUAUGAGAAAUUGGCAUUUCAUGUUGGAUUGUUCGUGGAUCGGCUAACACAUAGGGCCAGGGGCGGACCCAGGAGAGUUUAGGGGUAUCCCGGGACACCCCUAAUUUUGGAAAAUUGAUUGUCCAGCCCCGGUGGUAAUUUACGUGUGGACAAAAAAUUAUAAUUAAUAGUUCAGGACACCCUGAAAUUUGAAAGAACGAUUAUCCUACUCUCAUUUGUAGUUUGCGUAUGGGAAUAUAAGUGGUAGUUUGGGUUAUUCAAACCUGGGAUACUACUAUUAUUAAUAAAUAUAAUUUCCAUUAGGCUACAACUUUUUUGUUGUUCUAUUCUAAAUACCAUGUAAUAGCAAAACCCUAUUCUCUAUCUUUAAUUAUUUUCAAAAUCUAACAAUUAAUCUAAUUACAAGUACCCUUAAUUUGUAUUGAUUUUAUGGUUGUACGACAAAUGUUGAAAGUGUCUUUUCAGCUUUGAGUUACAUCAAGAACAAAUUUAGAAGUCAAAUAUGCGUCAGUUCAUGAAUGAUUGUCUAGUAGGAUAUAUCGAGACAAAUUUGUUGAGCAGUGUAGACACCACGUGUAUUUUAUAAUUUUUUUUAGAAUAUGAAAAUACAUUAUUGAUUUUUUUAACUUGUACGAGUUGUGUAUAAAUAGAAUUAUUUAAUUUUUAUUUUACUUAACUUUUUAAAAGAUGACACUCCUAUAUAAAAUUCCUGGAUCCGCCGCGUAGGGCGGAUCCUAUGUAAAAUUUUCGACACCCAGUUCCACAAAUUAAAUGCGGGCCUUGAACUUUUUGAAGCCAUGUAAAUUAUAUACAUCAAUUUUUGGAUAAGAUCAAAACUAAACCUCCUAGUUCGCUAGUGUUAUAGACCGCCCAAAAAAUUUAUAAGCUUCCUAAUUAUAUAAGUUUUUGUAGAAGCCCAAAACUAAACACAUGAUUCAUUAUAGUUUGCAGGUUGAGUUCUCAAAAUUUGCGAGACUCUAUGCUAUUGGGUCUGAUGGCACAAACUUAUAGACGAUUAUGUUAACAUACAUCGUGUUAGUAAACCAUGUAAAUUCAUAUAUUUUUUUAGUGUUUGUAUUGUAGAUUUCAAGUUAAGUCAUAGAUGCUCCAACAUAUAUAACAGGGAUGAUUAUCUUGCCUAUGCGGAUUUCUGCUUCAAGACAUUCGGCGACCGAGUAAAGAAAUGGCUGACGGUAAACGAGCCCAACCUCUACUCCAUGAAGCCUACAACUACGGCGAAUGGCCUCCCGGCCGGUGCUCGGAGACGGAGUGGAUGGGGAACUGCACCGGCGCCGGCGGGGACUCCUCCACGGAGCCAUACGUGGCAGCGCACCAUUUGCUGCUGAGCCAUGCCGCGGCGGUGAAGCUGUACAGAGAAUCAUAUCAAGAGAGGCAGAAGGGAAAGGUCGGGAUCACGAUCAUCGGCCGGUGGUUCGAGCCCAAGUACAAAAACUCGCCGUCGAGCCACGUGGCCGCGUCCAGGGCGUUGGAUUUCAUGUUCGGAUGGUUUCUCGGCCCGAUCACUUACGGGGCGUAGCCCAAGAGCAUGAGGUCGCUUGUAGGCGAUCGGCUCCCGAUAUUCACUAAGGAGCAGUCGGAUAUGUUGAGAGGCUCGAUCGACUUUCUUGGUCACGGCGAAUUACGCCGAGGAAGCUCCGGCCGCCUCCAGGGCUAGCUACUCCGAUGAUAGUCGUGCCCUUCUUUCCAGUAAGUAUUUUUAUGGUCAAGCGGCAAUAUGUCACGUUUUAUUAUUAUUGGUCAAUAAUGAUUAAUUUGUGUGUUACGUUUGUUAUUUUUCAAUGCUGAGAAGGAUGGAGUACCAUUUGGCACACCGGUAUGUGGUCUUGUUGGAAUUUUAAUGGUUUCCUUAAUUGAGUUGUGGUGGCUCUUCUGAUUGAUUUUUUUUUUUUUUUUGUGGUGGUCUGCAGACAGCUGGUCUAGUUUGGCUGUUCAUAUAUCCAAAGGGAUUCCAAAGGUUGCUUCACCAUAUCAAGAUCAACUACAAUAACCCACCAGUGUAUAUCACAGAGAAUGGUAGGAGAACGGUAUAAGAUUCAUCAUUGAUUUUCUCUCAACAACUCAAGCUACGGGUAAUAAAGCAAACAACCCAUUACAUGAUUCGGAGCUGACUAAAUUUGCAACUGACACUCGAGACGCGCGACGAGUCAUAGUAAUUCGAUUUGUUAUAUGCACAUGUCAUGUUGCACAAUGACCCGAUCGAUCAGUUUGUUUAACCACCAUGUGUUUAAAUCCCGGUUUGAUCACACGGAUGAAUUCAGAAAUUUGGUUUAUAAAACACUGACCGAAGUCUAAUUAAAUUUAUUAAAAUUUUGGGUUGUUUUGACGAAUUACAUGUUUAAUUAGGAAUGGGGGAUCAAAGUUCAUUGUCGCUGGAAAUGGCGCUGAAUGACACUCUUGAGAAUACAUUACCAUGAAACCCACCUUCAGUCUCUAUUGAAUGCCAUCAAGUGAGUAUUAAUCAUCUCCAAUAAUUAUCGUCUAAAUAUUAAUGUUGAAGAAGUUUAUUAAUGAAUCCAUGUUAUGUACUAUUGACUUACUGUUUACUGAAGCUGUAAUUAUAUGUCAUUGAUAGACCCUGCAUGUCAAUGGCAUAUACCCGCUGAACAAUUCAACCGGCCAAUUACGUCGCCGUUGAUUAUUUAAGUGAAUGUAAGUCAAUAAUCAAAUCCUCUGGACUGUACGUCAUAACUUAAUUACAAUAGUUUAGUGAGUUAAUGAUCAGUCGGCAGAUUUGAUUAAUCAGUUCGUUGUUUCGCUGAACAUUCCACUUGGCAAUUGCCACAAUCAUCAAAGCAAAGACCAGUGAACUCUAUACGUACGACUUUUCGUAUGUUAAUUAUAAUAUGACUACUAACAUAAUUUCCACGUGUGAGUAUAGGGUGCAGUAAGGGUACAACUUGCAGCGAUUGAGCUAGUGCUGAAGCGAUAAUAACUAUUUCUACUGGAAAAAAAAAUUAUUAUAGUGAAGUUACAAAUAAUUCAUAAUUAUUUAAUAGUGACAACGUAUUACAGUUUACACGAGCCAAAACAGCAUAAUAUAUCUCGAUUUUUUUUUCUUCUGUCUGUAUAUACUGUUUAAUGUUUAUGUAUUAUGUGAAAAUGAAAGGAAGUGAAGGAACUGGCAAAAGCCCGGCCAGGUACAUUGAAAAUGGUCCAGAAAGACAUGUCCAAGCUAAGUGAAUCAACUUGUUGAACUCAAGUUCUCCAUCAAGCUUUUAUCAAUCAAUGUCAUAAAAGGCCAGCGGUGACAAAUGGAUUGGAUUUAUGUAUUGGAUUGUUGGAUUUAUGGAUUGGUGGAUUAUCCACGAAUUCAAAUGACAUCCUCGACCUAGGACCUAUAUAUAAAAUGCAAAAAGUUAAUGUACUAAAAUGUCACGAUGAAAAAUUUAGGUACCAAAUCAUGAUUUUCCAAUGAUAUUUUAUAUAAAAAAAUGAAUUUUAGGUACCAAAAUGUAAAAAUAAAAUUAUAGGUACUAAACUAUAAUUUGCCAAAGAUCCAUGAAUCCACCAAUCAAUUGAAUUUGGAUCAAAUCGAUUUGAUUAAUUAGAUAUUUUUAAUAAAUUGAUAGGUUGGAU